GGAGCAAGAAAAGCCUGGAUCAAAGAUUGUUGCAGGUCAAGAUAAAUUUAGCGUGUCACAAGCAAUAAUUUUGCGAAUUUCUUCCUGAAAAAUUGUACCAUCAGCAAUUUUCUUUGAUGUAGCAGACCACAAAAAUGUCAGAAAAAGGGGAGAAAAAAGUGCUAAGGAAACGGCGAGGAAAGAAGGGUGCCAAUGAAGCAGAAGAGAAGCUAAGCAAAGAUGAAACAGAGGUGGCAAAGUACUUAAGGUGGAAUAUGAAGACAAAAAAGUCCUCCAUGUUUGGUGACGAAGUAUAUUAUUUCAUAGGAUCAAAAAUUGUGGAUUUCAUGCUGGAUUCCAAGUGGGCAACUGGAAAAGCAAAGAAAUCUUCUAUUGCAUUUACUGACAGAGAGUCAACAUAUGCCAUCCUUGACAAAAUGAUUGCCCUUGGCUUGUUCAGCCGUGUGCAUAGAACAUACAAGGAAAAAGAAAAGAAGGGAAAGGAGAAGAAAGAUGAAAAAAAGACAGACAGCAAAGACGUCAAAGAGGGGAAUAAAGGAGGGGACGUCAAGGAUUCUCCCAGAAGCAAGAAAAGUGACAAGGGUAAAGAGAGUGCAAUCAAAGAGGAUAAAGAUGGAAAAAAGAAGAAAAAGGUGAAAGUCAACCUGGAGCCUCACGAGCAUAACAUUUUCCAUGAUUCAAGUGAUGCUGUCUACAUUUGGAUAUACGAUCCCGUUCAUCCGAAAACCUUCGUCUUGGGCAUCUUAUUGGUUAUUGGUGCUGUCGCAGUUUGUCUCUUCCCACUUUGGCCUGAAAGCUUUCGUGUUUACAGCUGGUAUUUGAGUGUUGCUGCAAUGAUUCUCUUAGGCGCUGUACUGUUCCUUGCACUCUUCCGUUACCCUCUGUUUUGUAUCUUAUGGGGACUAUCAUUUGGCAAGUUGAAGUUCUGGCUGCUUCCAAACUUAACUGCGGAUUGUGGAGUGCAAGAGUCUUUUAUCCCGGUUUACGAAUACACAUUUGAUGAUGGAAAUAACAGCAAAGACGAUGACAAUGAUGCUGAAGACAAGGAGGAAGAUGAAGAUAACAAAGAAGAGGGAGAGCAAAGAGCAGGCUUGGAUGUUCAAGAGGAAAAGAGUGGGAUUGAAGAAAAAUGCGACAAAGAUAAUACGAAGACAGAGGAUGCAGGACAAAACUCAGGAAGUAACAAAGAAACGGAUGACGGAGAAGCGUGGGUUAAAGUAAACAAGUCAGACGCAGUUGGACAUAUGAAAUCGGAUGACGUAAAAUGUUGAAUUUAUAAUUGUAGUGAUAAAUGUAUGCAAAGAUAGUAUUGAAUUUUGA